AUGAUAUUCAAACUAUUAGGUUGGGUAACGAAUGGUAUUCUGGAUAAAUUGGAAAUUUUACAAUUGAUUGUGAAUAAUGCUAAACCAAUAUUCAAUUGUAAACCGCCAUUUAUCCAAUCAAUCAAGAAACCUUUAAAAAUUUGAAUUUAGAGAUAGAAUGCACUUAUUUUAAUAACGGAUUUUUUGCAUUUGGGAUAAUGUUCUUCAUCGGAAUAGUUAAGCUAGAGGAGGAAUGGAGAUUUGAAUAAUUUUCUUAAAUAGAUCUACAUACUUAUAAAUGAGAAAUUAAUAACUCCUUUACAGGAUUUGUAGCCAACUGAUUUUUCAGUUGCCAGAUAAAAAGAUUGUGGGAAUAAUUAAUACUCUUAUAAACUGAUUAUUAGCAAUUCAUGUAAUGGAUUUAUUUUUUUAGAUUUCUUUAUUUCAGAUGUGUAUGAAUUUCAAUAUUUGUCAAUUGAAACACUAGAUCUUCAUGAUUAUUUAAAUAAUUAAGUUGAAUAAUACAGACUCUCAACAACUAAAUUUCUAACGUUUCAUUUUUUUGGGAACCAACUUAUGAUUAGAUUUCAGAUUCUUUGAAGAUAUCUCUCAUAAUUUUGACUUCUGAUGUUUCACAAUAUGGCUUUAAAUUUGAAUUUACUGCUCAUUCUACAGUUAACACACUCCUUACUUCUAAAGCUUUGUCAGCUGCUAUUUUCAGAUAUGGAAAUUUAAGUGUAAUGAAUAAGUUAGCAAUCCAUGAUGUCUACAAAUCAUUAGUUAUACCUUACAGAGACUAAAAUUUCAUUUAUGUUUGUGUUUAUAAUUUAGAUUUAGAUUCUUCUUCUCUUAUUUCUACUGUUAUUAUUGGUCGCAUUAUUUUAUCAAAUGGAAAAGAUUAGGAGGAGAGCCCAAUACAACUAGGUUUGUUUUUUGCUAAAAAAGAUAAUUUUUUUUCUCAUAAAUAGAAAAUCCCCCAUAAAUUUAUGGAAUCUAAAAAUCGCCAAUUCUUGUAUUUAAUAAUCAAUUAAAAGCUUUACGGAGCUAAAAAAUCACAUAAAUAGCUUAUAAUGAUUUUCAUGAGGAGAGAAUACAAUUCAAAUUGAUUGUAAAAAUAGUCAAUUAAUAUGACUGUAUUGCUGAAAUUAACAAUGUACAGAUUUAUCCUACUGCUGAUGAAUUCUUAUAAUGGUAAGUAUCAUAAAAUUUAUUUGAUAUUGUUUCUCUUAGAUAUAGUUUAGAACAAGAAUAAUCCGAUUUUUCAUUUGUUUAAUAAAUUUAAUAAAUUGGAGAAUCAAUAAAUCAUUUCUAAAGUAAAAUUUAAAAAUAAAUAAAAUUAGCUGCAACAUAUAUAAUAUCUUCAAAAGCAAAGCUAACCAAAAAUAGAUUAUGGUCAAAUUAAUUUGGAUUUCUAAAUAAAAAUGGUUCUAAAUGUUCCAUUUUUUUUACAAAUAAGUGAGUUAAAAAAUUUAUAUUAGUACCAACAUAUAUGGCCCUGCGUCAUUAAAUUAAGUUUUUGAUAUCGAAAUGCCUGAGAGAAAUGCUGAUUGCAUUGAUUUUGUUUUAUUGUCAACUAAUACUUUUAUUACUGAUUUACAAUACUUAAAUUAACUUUGA